CUCUACUACACGCACGCACACAGGUCGCGUGUACGCAUCACAUCACACCACACCACACACAGCCGACGCGCACACAAAAUGCCCACCCACCCCACCGCACCGCACCCAAAUGGUCCAACGAAUCAAUCAAGAUGGGACCAAUUAUAUUGUCCAUCAAGCACCAUUAACCAAGCAAUUAGGCGUCUAGGUAGCCAUCACGGCAGCAGCUACGCCGGCCUCUUCCGAGCCCCCCUCGCUCACGGACAGCAGGUCCGCCAUCGAGUAGUGCCUCAGAAUCGGCCGCACGCCACCGAACCGGACGGAGUCGAUGGCGGGGUGGUGCUGCGCAGACACACCCUUCUGCUUCCCGAGGUGCUCACCACCCAUCGCCCCUCCCCCCUGCAGCACCUUCACUGUCCGCUGCGAUGUCUCACCGCUGGCCUCGAGCAACAAGGGCUGCGAUGCCGCCAAACCCCCGCCCCCACCGCUGUCAUGCCCCUCUCUUGCCAGCUGGUCAUACGACACGACCACUGCGACCCCCUCGCCCCCACCACUGCCACUGCCAGUGUUGUACGACUGCUGUGGCAUGUGUCGCCUCACGCGGACGGCGUGUGUCAGCCAACCGCAUAUGCGACACUGGUAGCGACGCCACGCAACGGGGGGUGAGCACGGUGCGACCAUACGGGGGCUGCCCUGGUCUCGAGGCGUCUGGGUGGCGGGGAAGAACGAGGCCGCCCUAAUGCGGGGCGAGACAGCAGCGGGCUGGGGGUGUGCAGGGGGGGCUGGGGUGGGGGUGGGGGUGAGGGAAGAGAUCGGCUCGUCGCUCUCGAUGGCCUCUGCAUUGUGGUCGACUCCCCUUGACAUGAAUGGCAGCCCGUCAGCCCAUACCGGCGGCCUCCAUUGCUGAGUGACCGGGAUGGAGGGGGGAAGAGCGAUGAGCCAGUGCAGUGACUGCAUGUCCUGCCCGUACUGCUCCUCAAACCACUCCACGAAGCUCUGACAGCUGCCCGCGUUCGGACACGCUGUGGAUGGGGGAGACGGGGGCGACGGUGAACAUGCGCAGCUCAGCAGCUCCACGCUGUCGCUCAUGCGAUGGUAUGGUGACGACUCCAAUGGCUGGUCCCUCCUGGCCGCCCGCAUAAGGGCCUCCCUGCUGACCCGGAACGUGCACGCGCCGCAGUAGCACGCAACGAGGCAGGUCUUGCCGCCGGCAGGCGCCCUCUCCUUGGCCCUUCUGCGGGCCUCGACGCGCCUCCUCUGUAUCAGACGGUCCAGUGCGAUCAACGUGUGCACCUGCCUGGGGUGAAGAGCUGGCAGCGGCACCUGACAGAGAACGAGCAGACCAGAGAGUAAUGGGGGGUAGUGCCGCCCACCCCACCGCACCCCACCCCACCCUACCCUACCCCACCCACCUGUGAGUUGAGGAGGCAUGUUGCCCUGAAGGCAUCCAACUCGAAGCCUCCCAUCAACAGGCCCAGCAACGCCAGCAGCCCGGGGAAUCGGCGCGGCGGACACGACACCAGCGGCGGCUGCGUGACGGAUGGCAGACCGCCCCCACCCCCACUCAUGGCCGACCCUGACGAUACACGCCUUGCCUGGGCGUUCUCCUCAUCCAGCACCACCACCGUCCCACCCUGCACCGACGCCGCGCGCAGAAAGUCCGCCAGCACGGGCAUGCACCGGAUCAGGAAAUGCGCGUCCCUGCUCGAUGAUGACGAUCCGCCCGAUCGCUCCUGCUCCUCGGGUGGGCGGGGGACGGUGUCCUCAUUGAGACGCAGCACGUCCACAGUCAGGGGCAGCCCGCGCAGUGGCGCCGCGUCCUUGGCCCGGAAGUCCACCAGGUGAGUGGACUGCACGCCCCGCCUCGCCAGAUCGACCCACUCAACCGCCGCCUCGUCAAGUUCGCCAGCGUCCCACUGCUGCUGCUGCUGCUGCUGGUUGGACUGUGUGGGCGCCCACCAGAAGAGGUCUUCGAGAAUCUGCACCAGUGGCGGGUGCGGCAGACGUGACAGCUCCUGCAUGCCCUCCCUCCUUGCAGCCAUGGGGCUGUCUCCGGCCGAUCCCGACAGCAUGGACAGAUGGCUGCCCUGCCGCCCACCAGCGUCGUUGAUCGACAGCGGAGUUGUGAAUGGCGACGGCUGGGCGUGUAUGUGGGCGUGCAGCGAGUCCGCGAGGGAGGGCAGCCGCAGCUGCGUGGCUUUGGCUGUGGAUGGGUCGGCGUAGAGCAGCAGAGCGCGGGCGAAGACCUUCUCAAAUCGGUGGAGGAUCAUCUCGACGGAGGGGCGCUUGUUGGGGUCGCGGACCAGCAUGAACCGCAGGAACUGAAGCAGGUCGGGGUUGCUGCGCAGACGCUGUCACACCCAACACACACACGAACACACGACCCAUAUUGAAUUGCAGAGCACAGCACCCACACAGGCUUCCGGCCCUCCCCACCCCCCACACAGACCUGCUGGUUCUCAGGCGAGAUAAGGUCUAGUGGCCCCUCCUCCUUGGUGAUCCUCACGAAGAAGUACGCAAAGUCCUCCUCGAAGAGGAACCGCCCCGUGAGUAGCUCAAACAGGAGGCAGCCGAGCGACCAGACGUCGGAGGGCAGGCUGGAGCCGACCUUGCGUCUUCGAUCGUACGCGACGCCCUCCUUCUUGCUCAGCUGGUGGAUGAGGAUCAUCUCGGGCGACUUGAUGAACUCGGUGCCCCUGUUCUGGAUGCAGUAGCUGUCCGCCUCGUCGGCCAUGAUACGCGACUCCCCUGAUCCCACACAGACAAACAUACACAGACAGACGCAGGCAGGGGAAUGACGACACAACCGUUCGUCUGGGCAGCGCAGCGUAGCGUGUGAUACGAUUACUUACCGAAAUCGGCGAGGGCGACCAUUGGCACAGCGAGGUAGACGUCCUCCCCCUGUUGCUGGCCAUCAUCACCUCCCUGCGUGUGUGGCCCGGUCGCACUGGGCCCGUCGAGCAAUAUGUACACCUGUCGGUCCGCUCCCGUGUCGACCAUGAUGUUGUCGCACUUGAGGUCGUAAUGCACCACACCCCGGGCGUGCAGCUGCCCAAUCGCCGUCAGGAUCUGCCCGAAGAUGGCCAGCAGCGUCGGCAGGUGCUCCAGGGGCACCCUGUCCCGCUCCGCAUCCUCCCCUGCCCUCUCGCUCUCCCUCUCUCCCUGCCCCUGCACCAGUCGGUUGCGCCAUUUCUUGAGGGUGCUCGGGUAGAAGCGCAUGAUAAUGACGUAAUGCAGGGGCGGAGGCGAUGGGUGCGGGCCCGACGGGCUGGUGCACUCGGGCUGGUAAGGGCCUGGUGGUGGGUCGGGGGAGGCCGCAGACGUGUCGCUGAGCUCCAGGCCGUAGUCGAAUAUCUCGCACACGUGGGCGGCGGCGAGCCGGAACUCGUCGAGACACGCCACCUCGUGGAAGACACUGAACAGGGUGCACUGGUCCUGUAUGCCGACAGGGACGCUGAUCUGCUUGACGGCGACCAUGGGGGCGGCCUCGAAGGGCGUGGUGCAGCGGUACACCUGCCCGAAGGCCCCUGAGCCAAGCCUCUCCCAGCAGUCGAACAACCCCCGCCACCGCUGUGUGCCCUUGCUGAAGAGCAGCUUGAAUAACCGGAAGACCUCGAAUGCGAGGGCUGUGCGGCCGGCAGCCACCGUCCAGAGCAGCUGGAGCACCACGGACUCGUUCGCCUCGUGGUUGAGGUGCCGCUGCAGCACGAAGGGUGCGUUCUCCUUGUUCUGGGUCAGGGGGAACUGCGCGCAGUAUCUCUCGUCCAGCAGGCCGCGCUUGUCGGUGAGGAGGAGGGUGAGCAGGCAGCCCAGCAUGAGGGAGUGGAUCUCGGGGUCGCUGUACAGCCGCCGGUACUCCCGGCCCUUGAAGUAGACCUCGUUCUCCAGGUACUCGUCUUGGAUGUCCUCCCCCUCGCCCUUUGCCAUCGCACUAUCGGCAGCGGAUGGGCUCACCAACGGGGGCGGGUGUGGUGCCGCUGGUGCUGGUGCUGGUGCUGCUGCUGGUGGUGGUGGUGCUGAUAUGGCGUAUGUGUCUGUCGGGAGCAGGGGUGUGAAGGGCGAUGGGGGCUCUGCCACCACAGGUGGGGGGAGCUGGGGAGAUGCCGACGCUGACAAUGCUGCUGACAUGGCCGGAUUGGGCGAGUAGAUGGGGUUGUUGGUGUGGUGCUGGUGCGCACCAUCGCCCUCGUAAAUGGGACCAGGCAGGUGGCCCAAAUUCAGCUUGAACAGAGGGGGCUUCCUGCUCGCAGGGACCUGCCACACGGGCGGAGGGGGGCCCUCCCAGUCGCUGCUGCUGUCGCUGUCAUGGUCAUGAUGAGAGCCGUCAUACCUCCUGGCGCCUCUUUCUCUGUCUUCAUCACUGCUGCUGCUGCUGUCGUGUGUGUGGGCGGGCUUGGGAGCGGCUGACGAUGGUUGCGGCUGUUCGGAGCUCUUGGCCUCCAUCUGGAUGGCGGCGUUGCGGAUCUGAAUGACCUCAGCCACCGAGUCGCCAGGAACGGCCUGGAGUGCAGUUGUGGACACAUCCAUGCCAUGUAGGUGUCUUGAUGGACGUUCGCAUGCACCGCACCAUCCAUGUGAGAAUGCACCUACCUCAUAGGUGGGUCCGGGCAGCCCCCCCAACCUCAGCUUUGGCAGCACACGCACCGGGGGCGGCUUCGGUGCCACUGGCGGCCCCUCCUCUCCGUCAUAGCUGCUGCUCUCGUCCGACGAGUCGCCACCAUCGCCCCCGCCACUUCUGCCCUCCUCUCUGCUCUCGUCAGCAAUCGGUGCUGCUGUUGCUGCUGGUAGUGGUGGUGGUGGGAGGGGAGGUGGCGGCUUCAGUGUGGGCGGCAGCUGCAGCUUGACCCCUCCUUGUAAUGGUGGGAGGGUGGCAGCCAGGGGCUGCGCAGUGAGGGCGCUCUGCUGGCCGGAGAGCAUCAGCGGGGCCGGCUGUGUGGCGGACAGGCCUAGGCCUCCGCGGGAUGGCCGCAUGGUGGGUAGGUUGUCCGAGUACCUGACAGACAGGAAGGGAAAAGUCGGAUGGAUCUGGAUGCGCCUCAUCCUAUGUGUGUGUGUGCAUGUGUGUGUGUGUGUGUGUGUGUCAAAAGGUUGCGUGCCGUGCCUGUGGUGGCUUGCGUCGAUGUCUUGCUCGAAGUCCAUCUGCGACAAGAGGAACUCCACCAUACGCAAUCGGUAGAACCUGACAGACACGACACGCAGGGGGAGAGGCAAUAGAUGUCAACAGUCAGUUGCGUGUGUGUGGGUGUGGCUGUGUGUGUGUGGCUGGUAUAUGUGUGGUGUGAAUGGUCACCACUCUGAGGCUGGCUCGGUCUUGUUGCAGCUGAUGGCGAACAGCACCUCCAGAUGAGCCACACACUUGUCGCGACGACAUUCAUCCCACUGACACACACACACAUAGACAACAGACGGACAUCCAUCCAUCCAUCCACUCAACCCCGCCCCCACCCUCUAAUGGAAGAUACCUCUUCUGGUGUGCUUGAGUAAAGUGCCAUGAAGUCGACAAAAUGCCACCUGAUGUAGCGGCCGACGUGUGGCUCAGCAAGGAACCGGUUGAGGGCACUGGGGAUGCGGAAGAGGGCGGUCUCCGCGAGAAGCAGCUCCCGCGUCACCUUGCCGCUGAUGUUAGGUGUGUCUUGUAUGGCUGUGAUGAGCCCCGUGUUGGUGUUGAAGAGGAAGUCCAGCCACUGCAGGUACCUUGACGACCACUCCACCAACCUGAUGACCGAUCGCCGUACACAUACCAUACACGACAGAUACGUAUAUAUGUGUGGCUUGGCUUCCUCGCAUGUCUGUCUGUCUGCCUGUCUGUGUGAGGGCUGACUGACUUUCGUGUGGCCUUGAGGCGAUUGAGUCGCGGCAGCUCAGCGGGCAGCGGACCGAACAGGGCGCCCUUGUUGUGGGAGACGCCAACCGGCUUCCUCACUCCUCCCUUGCCCGUCUGCUCCAUAUUGACAUCGCUUCCCCCUGCCGCCCUCUGCCACUUCCCCGCGCCCCUGGGCGAGAACAGCCGCAUCGAUAAACGCGGCGAUGCGCGGCUGGUCUCUGCUGCUGUGGGUGGUGGAGCUACUGUUGUGGCUGGGGUCUGUUUGGUGGUGACUCGGCUGGUGGGCGGCCCAUCCAUCGCCUGCCAUCGCCGUGAGAGGCGGCUGGAGGGCUGGGUGGAGAAAUAGUGGGAGGGGAAGGUCAGCAGGGCCCGGUGGCUGCACUGGAGGAGGGAGCGGGUGAAGGACAGGAAGGCCGACCUGAGUGAGUCGAGGCUGGCGGCAUUGUCUUCAGUAUCACCGUGGGCCUCUCUCUCUGCCUCGCCGUAGAGAGCUCUGCCCACGUCGGCGAGGCACUCCAUCACGCUCGGCCGCCGCACCUGCUGCGAGAGAGGCAGGGGGAGGUAGGCCUCUAGCUCGGUCUGCGCCGUACUGCCGUUGCUGUGCAGCCGGUGAGGUCCCUCAGGCAGCCCGCCCUUACGCACCACCAGCUUGCCCCCGCCGACAGUACCUCCACCACCAACGGCACCACUCAGUUCCUCCGUCUGCUCCCUCCCAGAUGGGCUCUCGAGCGGCGAAGGGCUGCCGUCCUCUGCGGCAGACGAGGUGCGCUCCGUCAUCUCCCCUCUCUCUCUCGGCAAGCGACGGGUGAUGCCGCCCGUGUCACAUCUGUCGAUCAUAAUGGAGUGGACGAGGGUGUACUGCAUCUGGGGGCUGUUGUCAGCGAGCGACAGGAGGGCCGUGAAGGUCAUGCAGAAGGCGCCCCACAGCCGCAGGGAGAGCAGGGACCGCUGAAGUGAGACUGGCGCCCUCCAGAGGUCGGUGAGGUAGCCCUUGACAUCCACGAGUGUCAGCCGCACACUGUGGAACGCCUCCUCCCCCUCGUGUGUGCCGGUGCCGGCGUUGGCGGGCAUCGUGAGCAGACACAUGUGCACCAGGUGCAGCGCGGCCACCAGCCGCCCCUGCAGCACUUCCUCCUUCUCGCUCGCCGUGAGGCACCUCCACAGCGUCGACACAAAGGCAUCCUCAGGGAUGGACAGCUCCAGGCCGAUCAGGUGCAGCGCACGGCGGCAGAUGUCGUCCAUCCCCUCUGCGUAAGUGAGCGCCUCCUGUGCGCCAUCCCGCAGCAUCUGGGGGGCGAUGCGGCCGGCGAUGAAGGAGGCCGCACCUCUGGGGCUCGCCUGAGCCAGCCGAGACGACAGCGGCAGAUGCGUGGUGGCGGAGGGGGACGCCUCGCCCUCCCGAUCCUUGCCCCCAGCGGCACCCACACGGUACCUCUCGCCGCUCUGCCGCCCUUUCCGCCGGCCAGAGAAGAAGCCGACCUUCCUCGCGCUGUGUCCGCCCUCCCUCUCCUCACCCACGUCAUCAUGCGGGAGGGGGAAGGGGCUGCCCCCCUCCUGCCCGACGAUGGUGGGCGAGGAACGGUCUGACCAGCUGACGGGGGGCGACGACUGCCGGUGCAACUGCAUGUCCUGCACUCGGCUGGAUGAGUGGUUGUGGGUCUGCAGUGGCAGUGGUGGCACGAAUGGGCGGCGGCUGGCACUCCCGCCGUUGUCACGCGGCUGCUCGCGGUGGGGGUCUUCCUGUUGACGGGACGAGAGAAUCCUUCUGGGCGAGAAGGGGCCGUACGGCUGGCGGUGCCCAGCUGCCGGCGACUCCCCGCCCUGGUGCGUCACGGCUGUGGGGCUGGCGAUUGGGGCACGGCCGGUGGAGAGGGCUGACAGGGGGGUGUUGGGCUCACUGCUCGUCAGGUGCACACGCAGGUGGCUCAGCACCGCGUCGCAGUGGUGGACGGCACAGCGGAGGAGGAACUCAGAGGGCUGCGGUACAGGCGAGGCGGGUGGGUCUGAUACGGGCCGCUUGGCCGGGCUCUUGACGGGCUGCCGCUUCUGUGACGCCUUGUUGGGCAGCAGGGGGGAUGGUGCUUCGAUGGGCCGUCUAGAUGAAGGGUCGACCAGAGGGCCACAGGGGCCGGCGAUGCGGCUGAACACCGCCACAUCAGCGGGAGGUGGUGGUGGUGGUGGACCACCAGUACUGGUUCCAUUUCGCAGCAACGCCGUGGCCUGCACUUGGCUCGAUGGCUGGUGAUGCUGUUGAGACGGCCGCCACGGCAGGGGUGGUCUUGGAGUCACCGACCACCUGCUGGCCACCCAGUAGGUGUGCACCGCUGCGAUCUGCAUGAUGGCGUCGGCCGUGAGGAGGUUGAGGCAAGUGCACACCUGUGCCACGGGCGGGGCUGCGGCCGGGGGCGGGUCGUCGGCCGACGAUUGCCGUACGGUCGGGGGCGCGAUGGAGGCCAUCAAAGAGCACGCGCAGGCGCACCGCUGCAUCGAAGGUGAGGGGACGGUCUCCAUCAUCGUGAUGAUGUCCCGCAUCGACCGGAUGAUGGCCUCCACAUCCAUGUCGCCCUCCUUGCGUGACAGACACGCGCCGAGCUCCUCAAUCGGCGAUCCUCUGUCGGUCCGGUGGGGGCUCACGAUGGUCUGCACUCGGUGUGAUACCGCCUGUGCGUCGAGGAUGUCGACCAGGCCGCCGUACGAGUAUCCCGCCAUGUCGCAGGAGCUCACGAGCACCCCCAUGACCUUGGUCAUAUCCAGCGCCUCCCCGAAGCACCCAUCCACGUGCAGCAGGGCAGCCGACCGCUCCCCCUCCCUCUCCCUCUCCUUGCCCUGCUUGAUGCCUGCUUCAAUCGUCUGCCGGUAGAUGCUGCACACGAGGCACAGCGACACCGCCACGGCCUCCCUCACGCGUAUCGCCGUGACGAGCAGCACGCCCUCCUUCAUCUCAGGCACCACACGAGGCGAGCACGCCGGGCUGGGCAGACCUCUCGCAGACAUGUUGCCUGUGCGGGUGUCCGGCGGCCUGGGUGAGGCAAACGGCAGUGCCAGCCGUGGGAGGGCGGGCGAAGAGAACGCGCUGGGGAUGGGCUUGCGCUCGGACAGAGGGGGCACGUCCAACCCCACCCUCGGCCCCUCGGCUGAGUCACCCUCACUGGCCUGGGGUGGUGGCGGCUGGGGAGGGGGCGCUGGCCAUGGUGGUGAGUUGGUGAAGGCCGAUUCGUACCUCGUCCGCCCAGUGAGUGCGAUCGCUGCGGCCGUGUCUCGUCGGAUGUCCUCCAGCUCCUUAAGCAGGCCAUUGCCGUCACCCGGUGGACCCCCUGUGGGCGGAGGGCUGGCGGGGACUAGGGGGUCGUUAGGUGAGAGCAGGCCACCCUGCUUGGUCCGCCUCGCAUGGAAGUGCUGCUGCAGCUGCGCCUCUUGCUGUAUGGUGGAGACGCCACUGAGGUCAGCUAAGAGGGUGGCCUGGCCAAGUAGAGUGGCGACGUAGUCAACCUCCUUGGUCACACUUAUACGCUCGUGAUAGGCCGACCUGAGAGUGUCCUGGCCGCUGAACGUGCGGGCGCUCUGCUGACGGCCGUGGAGCGGCAUCUCCUCAUCGGUCCCAGGAGACCCGCCCUUCUCACCCGCAUAGUCACGCGCCGACAUGCUUGUCUCGGGUGGCGGAGGGGGCAGCUCCCCAAUCCCCAUCAUGCCCUCUGAUGGGUGUGGGUGAGCCCCGGAGCUCUGCAGCCAUCGCCGUCUGUCAGAGCGGCCGCCACUGGUGGCCGACGCAGACCCGCAACUUGUCUGCAGCCCCUCAAGCAGUCGCCGGCUGGGCCGCGACAGUGGGGGGUGUCGCGUGAUGUGGCCCGCUAUGUUGGUUGGGUACUGAUGGGCCGACAAAGGAGGGGCUGUGGGAGAAAGGUGCGAGAAGGGCGACGAGUGGACGCCCGGUGACGCUUCGGCCGAUUCGCCCUCGAUCGAGUGCGACGCGCUGAGGUUGAGUCUCGGAAUCUGCACGGGCAGCCGCCUGGGUGCGUCGGGAUGAAUGGGAGAGGCCGUCUCAUGCUCCUCGUCCUCCACCUCCACCUCUGCCUCCUCGUCGUCUUCAUCGACAGUUCUCUCCGUCCGUGCCGUCCUGAGCUCCUCUCCCUCCCAGCCCUCAUACUCAGCCGUACGCUGCUGCAGCUGCUGGUGCUGGGGGUGUGUGUCCUCAGUGUAGCUACUAUCGACAACAUGUGGGGCGCUGGAGGCGUGUGGCAAUGCAGCGGAGGGAACCGAGAGGGACGGCUGUGGCGGCAGCUGGGUGGGGGCGUUUGGCUGCUGCUGUGAGGCGGCGGGCGGUCGGGCUGAGAGGGAGAAGGUGCGCGCUGACGACUGCACUGACGGGGACGACUUGCGUGGAGACCUGCACCCACAGCACCCACACAGCGACGCGCUUUGCUUGCAGAGCACUAGGCGCACAUUGCGUGCGUCUCGUGUGUGUCGUCUGUCUCACUGCUGUGCGAAGAGUCCCCGUUUGGCGUCCCUCCUGGCCCUGUCGAUCCGGUCGGUGACAGUGACGAGCUCAGACCACAGGAACCGCACGGCGUCGGGCUCGAAGGCGAUGUACUCGGCAAAUGUGCGGCUGUGACUGAAGAGAGGGAGGGAGGGAGAGAUAGAGAGCGCACGCCAUUGGGAAAGAAUGUUGGAAUGCUGUGGUGUAUCUUAUCGUGUGUGUUCCCUCCCUUACCCAAUCAUGAUAGUGAGGGCGUUGAGGAGGCCCUCACAGUGCCGGUGCUGCACCAGAUGCGCGUGACAUAAACGCCAUAUCGUCCUGCAAAGAAAGCCGUAUAUACACACACACACACACACACGCAGCAGCACACUCCCUAUAUGCCACAUAUAUCACUCGCACGUUGCCCAUUCCUUGGCCGCUUACGCAGGUUUCUCAUGCGGCCGCCAGUCGCACAGCUCCGCCAGCAGGAAGGCCCCCAACAGCAAAGCGACCGACAAACCGCCCUCGUCCUCUUCCUCCCCCUCCCCUUGAGCACCAUGACCAUGCUCACAUCGACCGCUCUCCGGCUCCUGAUCCCACACGCCAGCACCCCUCUUGUCGCUUAUGGACCGCGAAGGCGCCUGCCGCGCACUCAGCGGUGUGCGCCGGCCCCUGUCCUUCCUCCGCGACAGCAGCUGACUCGGCAGGGACGGCCGCGGCUCUCGCGCAGACAGUGGGGGGUGGCGUGGAGUCACCGAUGAGGACCCCAUCUCUGACGGCGUCUUGUUGGCCUCGCCGCAGAGGAUGGGCAGCACGAAGGUCGGCACGAUGUCCAGGUGCUUGCGCUCCAGCAUCGUGGUGGUGCUGGUGUUGGGCGUGUCGGAUGCACCUGCCCCACCGUCUUGCCUCUCCGCUGCCUGCAGCCGUCUCACUUGGACAAUGAGGGCGGCGAGGGCCUGGAGCUUGAGGUUGACGGGGGCCUCCUGCCUGAGGUCGUGCAGUGUGGCUGCGAGGAAGUGGGGCGGCUGGGAGGGGCCCACUGACAGGGUGAGGGGGCUGCCGGGGGCGGCUGGGACGGUCUUGGUGCUCAGCUGACGAUGUAAGCUCGCCGACAGGACUCCCUCGUCACCGCUGCUGGCCACAUCGCCCCCCUGCUGGAGGUGAGAAGAGAUGGACAGACAGACAGACAGACAGACAGACGUGUGUGUGGAUGGAUGGAUGGAUGGAUGUAUGGAUGUCUUGGUGCCGUCCGUUCUUACAGUAUGAGAGUUGGGCAGUCUUGGCAGCGUGGUGGCGAACACAUCCUCCGUCUCGUUCUCCGCACACACACUCAUGCCCAGGAAACGCCGAAGCAGCUGCAGUGCGGCCGCGCACACACAUAACACACACAUAACACACACAUACACACACAAAACAUGAACCCAUGUGCUCUGCCCCCUCCCCCUACCCGCUCAAAGUCCCAUCUGUUGAGGUUGUGCUGGUAGUUGUCCUUGACCAGACACCGGUCGAUGUCGAACAGCACGGCAACGUACACCUCAGACAGCAGACGGCGGUGGGCGAUCAGCUCCGAGAAGUCCUCCUGACCCUCACGCGACUCAUGUCGCUGGAAGGUCGUCCGCAAUGACCGGCCUAUCGACGUCAAGGAGCGGGAAAUGCGCGGCGAGAGGGAGCGAAAACGACUCGACGCAGACGGGGACAGCCAACCGGGACGAGUAGUUGUUGUGGUGUGCUUGGCGGCCUCGCCUCCUCUCUCGUCGCGUGCGUUGACGGUGGUGGCCGUGGUCUUGUCGGCCGCCCUGGCGGGUCGCUCGUGUCUGUGGUGUGCUCUGCUCAUGAGGAAGCCGCACUUGAAGGGCAGUAUGACCAGCUCCCGCUUCUUGACCUCCUCCGCCACAUUGACGCCGCGGAACGCACAGUCCAGAAAAUGGGGCGCACGGACCAACGCCGACAGCCACCUCUGACACACACCAACCACAGGCACAGCACAGACGUGCAUCCAUCCACCCACUGCUUCGCUUCGCACACAUACGCGACGCGACGCACCUGUACAGUGGGCAGGAAGUCGAGGAUCUUGACAAGCGCCUGCCCCGUGCGGCCAUCGGCCACCAGCCGCCAGGCCUGGCGGUCAUCCGACCCCGACAGCGGCAGGGUGGGCACCACGGACGUGAGCGGGAUGGAGAGGAUCUUGUAGUGGAUGGCGCUCUUGUGGUACUUGACGCACAGCCGCAGCGGGUAGAGGGGCCGCUUCUGGUAGGCGAAGGGCAGCGAGUACCGACGGGAGGGCUCGCUCGUGUGGGUGAGGGACGAGAGGGAGGAGGGGGUCAGCAGCGAUGGCACCGGUAGUGAUGGCAGGUCGCCGCGGUGGGUCUUGCAGAUCUUCUCGUCAACGUACAGGAAACAGGCGCCCACAUCGCACGCCAGCCACUCCUCUGAUCAGAUCACACAUACACACAUACAGUGAAUGAAUUUCUGUCCACGCGAUGGCCGCACAAGCACAUGCAUCACCAAACACGCGACUCCCCGGCCCGCCCCGUCCUGCGUGUGUGUUCUAUGUUCCUCUCUUCUGUGUCGUACCUGCGUCGUAUGCAGUGAUGCAGUAGAGCUGCAGCUCCCGCCCCUGGCCCUCGGGAAUGUACACCGUCACCACCUUCUUGUCCAUCGGCAGCGACCCCGCCUGCGCGCCGCCCUCCUGCUGAUCUGGCUGCAAGGGAAACAUCCUCCUCACUGCCGCCGAGGUGAUCAGUCACCGAAUCCACUCGCUACGGAACUAAUUUGGCAGAUGCGGCGGCUCCCCUGAUAAGCAUGAGCAUGCUGACGG